CGCGGGUAAGACGGCAAAACCCUGUGUAGGGUGAAUAUGUGCAUGGUUGAGAUGACGAUGAUGAAGUAGACAUCGAGGACAUUGAGAUUGAGGAAGAACAAGAAACAGUUCUGAGUAAUAAGGGAUGAAGCAUUUCUACAGCACUGUUGAUGAACUUGGAGCUUUGACUGAAGUAACCGGAUUCGACACCGUACCUUCCGAGGAGGCCGAUUUUACGAGACACAAAGCCCCGCCCCUAAACGCACGUCUGAAGUCGGACCGUAAACACAGAUCGUACACGGUUUGCGAAGUCUGUAACAUUCAGCUGAACUCGGCCGCACAGGCACAGAUACACUACAACGGCAAAACUCACCAGAAGAGACUGAGACACAUGAAGAGCGGAAACACAGGUCCGGCGGCUCAGGGCAGCCCCCUGCUGGCUGCGUUACCCGUACAAACUCGCCCGCUGCAGACGCCUCUGGAGCUGAAGAACUUUCUGCCCUUCAGACUCAACGGUUCCAGUCCACUUAGCCUGUUUCCCAACUUCAAUACGAUGGACCCUGUGCAAAAGGCCGUUAUUAACCACACCUUCGGGGUUCCUCAGAAGAAGAAGCAGGUUAUCUCCUGCAACAUCUGCCACCUUCGCUUCAACUCCACGAAUCAGGCCGAAGCGCAUUAUAAAGGUCAUAAGCACGCUCGUAAGCUGAAAGCUUUGGAGUCCCAGAAGAACAAGCAGCACAGACGGCAACUCGACAGCACACACAGCAGCCGAGACAGAAACAGAGAGAAAGACAGAGACAGAGACAGAGACAGAGGGAGGAUGAUUGCAGCUGAUCCUCACCCUGCUCUGCUGGAUUCCUGUGCAGUGGAAGCAUCCACUCUCCAGUGUGACUCUGACUCUGUGGUGAAGCUGAGCGAGGCUCAGGUCAGCUCAGUGGUCCUCACUCCGCUAUCGGAGGUGUCGUGCACAGACGUCUCCUCUCCUCCUUCGCAGCACUCAGACAGCCUGCAGGAUGGUGCUGGUCCCAGCGAGACAGCCACAGAGAAGGAAAGCCUGCCUAAAGAGGCCCUGAGGGAGAAAGACCCCAGGAGGAGCAAGCAUCACCUGCACUGUCCUGUUUGCAAAGUGACAGUCAAUUCAAUCACUCAACUGGAAGCCCACAACAGCGGAAUCAAGCACAAACUGAUGCUGGAGGGACAGAGCGUGUUGCCACGGCGACGAGGGAAGGCACUGUCCUCCCGCGCUGCAUGUAAAAGCAAGCGAUUGGCCAACAAGGGCAGCCUGGGUGUAAGCAGCAAGAGCUUCCAUUGUGAAGUGUGUGAGAUCCACGUCAACUCAGAGACUCAGCUCAACCAGCACAUGAACAGUCGCAGACAUAAAGACAGAUUGGCUGGAAAGCCUCCCAAACCCAAAUUCAGCCCUCACAGCAAGACUCAGCCAACCUCAGCAGUGUCGAGCAUCAGGUGGAACGGAUACGCAGGAGGAGCCAUGUCAGCCAUGAAAAAAGUCUUUAACCAGUACGGUCUCACUUCUCUCUCUUCACAGACCAAACUGGCUCUCCAGAAGCAGCUGACUAAAAGUUUGACCACCAGUUUCUUGCCAGCUGCUAUAACUCCGCCCACGCUUUGCACAGUGGCAGCCAAUCCGCUCGCUCUUCGACACCCUGCCGCCUUCAUUCCUGCUCCGAUCUUAGGCCCCACCCUAUUUCGGCCUGCGCCGGGACCACUGCGGGCAACACACACACCUAUACUAUUCUCACCUUAUUAAAGUAUGCAUAAACAUACACACAUACACAUGCACACACGCUUAUGGUACAGGAAUGGUUUAGAGUUACACACAGAACAUGUGAACACACACAAUAGGGUCUUAAAAAUCUCAAAACUGAUACACACACACUCUGCACUCUCCUCUAGGACUGUGGCCCUCACAAGAGGAUCACUAUUGAACUAUGCAGCACAGAAAGGUAGAAAGCAAAGACAGACAGAUGAUUUGAGAGAAAACAUGGACGCAAGAGGAGACGUACACGCACGCGCCCCCAGGCUGGGGGAGGGCCCUAGAGACCUCAUUGACCCGCCCACCUCUCUAUUCCUUCAAAUAGAGGUUGACUGCUAGGUCACACCUCCAGGGAAAUGCGUGGAGCCUCGUAUAGUUGACUGGGACCUCGUAUAGUUUUAUAAGACAUUAACCAUAGGAUUUUACUGUGUAAUUUAUUAGAUGUACAACAGCAUUAUAGAACUAGAGCACAUUUCUUAGUGAGACAAAUGCAAACAUCCCUUUACUCAAGGCUUCUUUUUUUUUCUUAAUCUGUGUUUAUUCCUUUUUAUUUGAAGUUUCAUUUACAUCAUACCCCUCCAGCCCCCCCCAACACGAACAAACAUGUUAUUGCUCCCUGGAAACCAUAAAAGAGCUGUCGCUAUGCAUCAUGGGUAAUCAUCGUGGGAUCAUCAAUGAAUACGAGUGCAGUGCAUCGAGAUGACAAUUUGCAGGCAAAUCAGCGCUCCAUCGCUAACACACCCUGACACGCACACACACUCGCAUACAAUCAGUGUUCCAAUUUUUUCCGCAUAGAUUAGAUGGUUUUCAGUCAGAAGGAUACACAUGUGCGUGCACACACACACACACACACACACACACAGAUGAUUAUAACAGUCGCAUUUCAGCCCGGCAUGUUGGUAUAUUUUGCUCUCUGUGUUAUCUCAUUAAGACCACACAAAGGUCAACCUGCCAGUUCAAAUCCAUCUCACAUCAUCUGAUUACAAUUUCAAUUCCCGCCAUGUUACCCAAGUGUGUGAGCGCGUACAAGGGUGUGUAUGAGUAUGUGUGAAACACAUGAGCCUCAUUCUCUCAUGGACACUGUAGCUCAUCUCUGUCAUCCAGCAGCGCUCUCUGCUGUACAAGGAGGAGCUCUGUAUGUUUCUCCUGCCCACUGGGGUAUUUCUAAAGGAGCGCUCCAGCAUUUUUUUACUUCUUUAACCUUUACCACAUCCGGCCAACGUAUACAUGCUCAUCACAGACAUGAACGAGAAAAGAACAGAAUGCCUGUUUACUCAGAUUUUAUUUAUAACUGAAGUCGAAGGGAAGAUGGUCGCUGAUGGGCGUGGUCUUCAUCAGGAUGGCUCCGCCCACAUCCACAGGGCCUGAACGUUCACUGAA